AACUCAAAAAUUAAUAUCGAAGAGAGAGAUGAGCCAUAGAAACACCAUUCUUUGAGCCAAGGCAAUUACUGAGGAAAAAAGAAGAAACCAAAUAGAAAUCAGAUUGCCCCGGCUUUUGCUACAGUUUGAAUGCUAAGGCAAUUAUAAGGGCGAUCCAAGAAAAGAACUCCAAAUGAACACAAUCACAAAAAGCAAAGAGUUGCCAGACGAGAUAUUCUUGUGUCUUCUCCUUCAAAAAUGCGAUUUAGCAAGCUAAAUUCAUAUCUUCAUCUUCACAAGAGCUCCUAGUUAUUUCAAGCACUCUAAUCUUCCUCUAAGGACAGAAUGCAGGGACUCAUCCGAGGGGUAAGAUCUUGCCAAGAAAUUCUCACAGUUGGAAUUCCAAAGCAUUUUCAUUGGAAAGACAUAGUAGAAAGACAAAAUAUUUUUUCCCGUUUUGAAUGUGUCAUCUCAUCUCCUCCCAUGCCAGAGAAGGGAUUGGAGAAUUUAACAGUGGCAGAUGUGCUGAUGACAAAGGGAGAGGAAAAAACUGGUUCUUGGCUGUGGUGCCGCACCAAUGACACUGUCUAUGAUGCUGUCAACAAUAUGGCAAAAAAUAAUAUUGGGUCACUAGUAGUGCUAAAGCCUGAAGAACAACAUAUUGCAGGAAUCAUCACAGAAAGAGACUAUCUGAGGAAAAUAAUUGCACAAGGGAGAUCCUCCAAGUACACAAGAGUUGGGGAAAUCAUGACUGAUGAGAAGAAGUUAAUAACAGUGACAUCUGAUACAAAUAUUCUUCAGGCAAUGCAACUUAUGACAGACAAUCACAUUCGGCAUGUUCCUGUUAUAGAUGGAAAGAUAGUCGGCAUGGUUUCCAUUGUAGAUGUCGUACGAGCAGUAGUGGAGCAGCAGGACAAAGAAUUGAAGCGGCUAAAUGAGUUUAUCAGAGGAGAAUACUAUUAAAUUUUUUUUAAAAAAAAAAGCAAGAGAGAAGCUUGGUUUCUGUAAAAACCUUAGAACCAUGUUUUCUCAAAUGUUCCGCGUACAAAAUUAUGAGCGUAAGUGCGUGGUACGCUCAUGCAAGCCUAUGCUUGUAAGUCUUGUCAGAAAAACAUAAGAUCAAUAAAGGAAAUUAUGAAGCCUGUGUUAAA